UUUACUUCCGGGUGCAUAAGCAAACAUCAGUUUUUCCUUUUGCUAGCUAUCUAGUACAUGAUUAUCUCGUGUCCGUGAUAUCCAACCAUUGUAGUAAUCUUUUUAUUUAUUGAUUCGAGGCUGCAUUAUUAAGACAUAGUCAACGCAUUUAGCUACAUUUCUGUAUUGGCGGUUAAAAAUGACAGUUGCCAUGGUGAUACAUAACGCUUUGCAGACUAGUUUGUGAAGAAGCUAGCGUAGCUAGCAUCUGUUAAUGCAGGACAAACAAGAGAAGCCAAGUUACGUGCAUCCAACAACUAUAUAAUCGUGGACAGUUCUCUGCAAUGGAGGAGCGCUUUGCCUUCCUGGCUGAGUGGUACGACCCCAGCGCUGCUCUGCUGCGACGCUACCAGCUCCUGUUCUACCCCAGGGACAGCUCUGUGGAGAUGUUCGACGUGAAAAACCAGCGCACGUUUCUGAGGAAGACCAAAUACGAGGACCUCCGCCCUGAGGACCUGUUUGUGGGGAACCGGGUCAACGUGUUUUCCCGACAGCUCAAUCUGAUUGGAUACGGAGACCAGUUUACAGCCAAUAGGCUGGGCAGUAAGAAGGAGAGAACUCUUGCUAUGAUCAAGCCAGACGCCGUUCCACAGAUAGGAGACAUCAUCCAGAUGAUUUACGACUCCAACCUGAUCGUGACCAAAGCCAAAAUGACCAAGCUCACAUGGAGCCAAGGGGCCGACUUCUACACUGAACAUCAGACCAAGCCUUUCUUCAAUAACCUGGUGCAGUUUAUGACCUCUGGGCCGGUGGUUGCCAUGGAGCUGAUGGGGGACGAGGCGGUGGCAGGGUGGAGGAGGCUGCUGGGGCCCACGGACGCCGGCGUGGCGAGGAGCGAGGCGGCGGGGAGCGUGCGGGCGCAGUACGGGACGGACGGAACAAGGAAUGCCGGCCACGGCUCUGACUCCCUGGCCUCCGCUGCCCGGGAGCUGGAGUUCUUCUUCCCGUCCACAGCAGGUUGUGGUCCCUCCAACACCGCCAGCUACACAGACUCCACCUGCUGCAUCAUCAAACCUCACGCCAUAUCAGAAGGUCAGACAGGGAGAAUUCUCAACGCCAUCUCAGCUGCUGGCUACCCGGUCUCCGCCCUGCAGAUGUUCAGCAUGGACCGGGCCAACGCAGAGGAGUUCUACGAGGUUUACAAGGGAGUGGUGACGGAGUACACUAGCAUGGUGGCUGAGCUGUGUUCUGGACCCUGCAUGGCCCUGGAGAUCCAAGCAGCAAGCUCACCCCAGACCUUCAGAGACUUCUGUGGGCCGGCCGACCCGUCGCAGGCCCUGUUCCUGAUAGGAUCCUGAUUGGCCCAGCCCUGGUAUGAGGUUACACUGAUGAUGUCAUUCGUCGGCCAGGAGGAUGACACGGGUCCCUGGGGCGCUCCAUGCCACUCUGGUCGGCGUGGAGACCAGGAAGUGAUGCAUUAGGAGAGGGCCUGGUCUGUGAGGAGGAGGAGGAGGGGAGUGAGACCUUUAUGCUCACUAAGUGAAGCUGGACUACAGAGAUCCUAUCCUACAACGGAGCUUCCAGUGAACCACUGCCCCUCUCUCCUGGUUGUGCCCUCUGAAGCCAGAGAGAAUCCUGUUCUCCUGAAAGCCUGUGACGACGGUUCACGCCUGAGGACGCCUGAGGACGAGGAGGCCUGAGGACUGCCCGAGGAGGCCUGAGGACGGUAUCAGGCCUCUGGAUGUUCUGCGGCAGCUUGUGGACCAGACAGGCCGUAUCAGGGAGUCAGAUGGCUGAGCGGUGAGGGAGUCGGGCU